GACGGUACGGCAGUCUGUCUCUCGGCCGGCAGAUAAGCAGGGAGGGGAAAAGUCGGGGUGGUAUGUUGAUCAUGGCGACAAAUUAAUGUGUAAAUACUUGAAUACUUGACAUACGUUUCAUCUCUUAUGACAGAAUGCCACGGGAGUUGACAAAUGAACGCCACACCCUUCUCUCUCUCUGAAGGGUAGGGACACAGACCCACCCCGGCUGAACUGUGAGGGGUAUGCAAGAAGGGGCUCGGAGUACCCGGAAAAAGCGUGAUCUACCCCAGGGAAAUAUUUCAAGAUGGUGUUCAGGGUGGAUACAAACAGUCCCCAUCCACAGGCAAACCCCCAGGGUGAUGGUUUGGAUGUACAUGUACACAACAGGAGAGAUCCCCGCCCCGCGAGUUUAGGAUUAUGGAAAUAUGUGCUGUGUGUCGUGGUGUUGUGUAUGGGUGUGCCGCAGGGUGGGGCCCAGAAUGCUAACCACAUCAUUCUGACCCCUCGGGGGAGGGAAGGAGAUCGCAUUGCUCAUUGUACCUGAAGUUGGAUUAGAAAACACAGCGUAUGAGGAAUUAGCGGCUGUCCUGCAGUUCGAGAGUGGGAUCAAUAUGUGGAUAUGUCUGCUGGACACCAAGACCGACGGACCACUGACCCCGGACAGUUUAGGGGAGACGGUCAUCAUGGGUCUUGAGGAGCUGACGGUCAAGGGGAUGAACGCAGAGGACGCCGCCAUCUUUGUGGCCGGCCACGGCCGAGGAGGGACUAUGCUCGCAACAUAUGUCGCCAUGGUACCCGACUUUUUCCGUGGAGUCAUCUUGAUGGGUACAUAUCUCAAACCACAGUUCAAGGCAUCGACAUUUCCGCUUCCUGUCAUGACGAUCACUGGAGACCUCGACGGGAUAUCCCGGAUAACGAGCGUGGCGGAAGCGUUUAGGUCACUGAGAGAUGACGUCACCUUUGACUCGGACCUCAUAUACCACAGCCCUAUGGUCAUCAUGGACGGCUUCAAUCAUGGCGUCUUCUCGUCCGGUGAACUUCCUGGAAAUAUGCAAGCUCUGGAUAUCAGCGCCGAAGGCUCGAUAGAAGACGGUCAGCGGCUGGUCGCCAACUGCACGGCGUUGUUCAUUGCCCACACGAUGAAGGCGCCCUCUGCUUUUGUAAACGUGGCCAAGAUUCUAUUUAGAGAAGCAUACGAGAAAGCAGUGUUCAUAACAAAGCCGAUCCUGGAGGUGAAGGAGAUGACACAGAACCCACAAGGGGAAUCCUACUUCGUCAGGGUGGCGCAGAAGUGGCUGUCAGGUCUCCAGGGGCAGGAGUCCACCAGGCUCAAGGUGGAGAGUUACAUUGUAGGGGAGGCUACUGAGAUUCCACCCUCGGUGUUAGCCGAACAACAUCAUUCUGUGGUCAUAACAUUCUCCGACGUGCUACGCCCCCAGACACAGGAUAACGAUGAGAAACCGGAAGCACCAUUUGAGAUAGCAGCCCGGAUGGUGAGCCCACAGAGAAUAAAGAAAGCGCUGGGAGAUACAAACAUCACCAAGUUGUAUACAUGCAGGGACCUUAAUUAUGGGUCCUACUUGACCGCAUACAACAAGGCAUCAGAAACAGCCCGCCGACGUUUUGACAACCGCCAUAAAGGCAUCAUUUUCCACACAGAUAUGUUGGUUCAGAGUGAUCUUGCCUGGAAACUCACUCAGCUUAUGGUAGAAAUCAAGGAGCAUGAGCUUCACGUGACCGCGAUCUCGUACAUGACGCCAAAUUUAGAAACUCUUGGAGAAAGAGCUGGUUUAUAUUACUGCAAAAUACUUCCUCCUGACAGAGCUAUAGAAUGGAUAUAUGUGGAUUCAUUGAGAUCAAAUAUGCCGUCUUGAAGGUCUUUGAGAAGUGUUCAGAGUUGACCAUGGAUGUGUUCGAGCUACGAUUCCGGGAUCAGCUGCAGAAACGUGUUCUAACGCCUACUUAUUGGUGUCGGCAAAAGUCGAAUGUGUCGAACUCAGAAGAGGGAACAGUGGAUUUGGGAUAGCAUCUGUUGAGAUUGAAACAGGCGUGGUGCAAGAAGGCACCGAAGAAUAUACCUCAUUCCAAACAGCAUUUAGGACAUGUUACGUUUAUGAGAUACUGCCGUUAUUAUCUGCUCAAAUGAACAUAAACAUUAAUCCAUUAUAUAAAUCCUUCAGCUGAUGGACGAUGGACAUUGGUGUUCAGUUUCAUUUGUUAGGUUUCGUUGUAAUAAAGAUGCAGUGGAGUAGCCAUCUGGUCAAAGUUGUUGCUCGCCAUGCCUGACACAAUGGUUCUAUUCUGCACAUGGACACCGUUCGUGAUCAUGCUUGGUCAGGGUUGAAUGGAAGGUCACAUGAAAAACAUUCACUCCAAUCAAUCACCAUAGACUUGCAUCAAAAUGAUAAACUAUAGAUUGAUCUUACAGCUUCCUGGAGGGUGUGAUUAGUUCUUGAAUGCAUAUUGCCUGGAUUCUGAAUAAUCUUUUUAGAUUCUGCAUGCUCUUUCUGGAUCCUGAAUGCUCUUGUCCUCUGACCUCAAAAUGUUUUAAAAUUUCAUGGAACUGACUUCGUCCAUAUUUAAGAACUCCUUUCAUCUUCCUUGCUUUCAAUACUUGACCUCGGGCACAGAUAUGUACACAGACACUGUCAGUGCCCCUACUGGAUUAAAACUAUGCAAGUUGUAUGAACUUCCAUUGUUGUCUAUGAAAGUCUACACUUCAAUUACAGAAACAUUAGUCAUAAAGACAGCAUUGUGUACAUGAAAUUCAGUGUGUGAUGUAACAUCAUUUGGGUUAUUAGAAAUUAGCGAUGAGUUUCAGUGAAAUUGUUCAUUUUUUGAGAGAAAUGUAUGCACGUUGAAACAUCAACCAUCCUCUACAUGAUCCAGACCUCCCAGAUAUAAGGGUGUAUAUAUGUUUUACCUCAACAUUCUAUAAUGACUUAUCUACUACAAUGCCGAUGCAUCUAAUCAGUGUUUGCUCCUCUCUAAAUCAUUCUUCUGUACAUGAAUUGAAGAAGAAUAUAUAUAUCAAAUGUGCCAUACAUUUUCACAAUAUUUGUGAUGCAUUACACAACAUUCUAUUUAUUGUUUGUUUCUUGGAACAACUGACUGCAUAAUUGUUGUAGCUGAUGAAAAUUGCAAUCAUGUAGCGAAUUGAGUAGAAUAUUGUUGGAAGUACUUUCAUAAUAAAUCAGAACAUUGUUUCA